AAAAGUACCUUAUACAGCUAAACUAUUCUGCUUUUAAAGCAGAAGAUAAGAGACUGAGAAUCAUGGCAAGCAGACUUCUUCCUCAUGUGGUGGCUUUGCUGCACUUCUGUCCUUCCUCUGAUGCCUAUGAACCGCACACAUUGCCUGACAUUGGAGAUACAAAGUUUAUUGAUGAAUGUGUGAGCACCCAUAACAGAUUCCGGUCUGAAGUGAAUCCGGCAGCUAGCGACAUGCUUUACAUGAGCUGGGAUCCAGAUUUGGCAAAGACUGCAAAAGGCUGGGCAAAGAAAUGCCAAUUUAAACAUAAUAUCUACCUCAAACAGCCAGGGAAAGCUCACCCCAAAUUCACUUCUGUUGGAGAAAACCUGUGGACAGGCUCACUUUCAGGUUUUACUGUGAAAGAAGCCAUCACUGCUUGGUAUAAGGAGGUCGGCGCCUACAGUUAUGCCACCAAUAGCUGUAAAAGAGUGUGUGGUCAUUACACACAGAUUGUUUGGGCUGCAAGCUACAAAGUGGGCUGUGCUGUUCACUUCUGUCCGAGAGUGACGGACUUCCCUGGAACGAAUGCAGCACACUUUAUUUGCAACUACGGACCAGCUGGGAAUUUCCCCAGGCACCCAUACCUGACAGGAGCACCAUGCAGCAAGUGCAAGGGCGAGCAGUGUGCAGACAACCUGUGUAAAAAUGCAGAGCGUGACAAAGUCAUAAGUGAUUCCAGAUGGUAUCCAGACUGGGACAGACCUGCAUGUGAUGACUACUGUAUCACCGUUAUUGUUUUAAGGCUGUUAUUACUUAUGCUGGCAAUUCCAGCCACGUGGGUCUUUCAGAAAUACUGGUCUGUAGCACCUGCCAGUGAAUAACACACAAGACUGCAAGAGCAGUUAGGUCAGUUCAUCCCCAUCCUUUCCGUGAGUUACUGGCUGUGGAAAGAUCUGUAGAGACACUGAUUGCAUCCACAGAUGAUUUAGAAGUAUAAAAAUAUCACCUUCAUUUCCAGAAGCAAAUAGGAAAGCUGGUAGCAGCUUUGUCAUUGUUCAGAACCAACCACUGGUUUUAAUCAGUCACUUUUCUGAGGUGGAGCAGACUGAGAAGGGUUCAGUGGGUAACAAAGUGCGCUGCAGAGGCAGCGCACUGAGACACUGACAGCUGCUCACAACACUAACACCAAACGGAAGCUGACUCCAGCCCAGGACUUGUCCCUCACCCCAGCCAAGGCCUAGGGCUGCACUCAUACCACUCCUCUUCCCGCAGCAAUAGCUCCUACGAUGCUCUUUCAACGAGCUGCAGCAGCAUGGUGUUGAGCGGCUGACAAUUUUAUCUAACAGUAUUUACCAAAGCGUUUUUGGACCCCCGUAAGCUUUUGCAUCUGCAUCUGGUGGCAGGUGGACAUUUCCCAGUCUUGCUGCGCACAGAGGGUACUGGCACCUCUCUGUUUAGGAUCUGUUUUCAGACUCACUUUGUCUAUGACAGGAAGCAGUUUCAGCUGUGCUUAUAUGCAACCUCAGUCUUUCUUCUCUUUCUCUCUCAUUGUUCUUAA